AUGGCGGUGGUGGCUAAUGCCAUAACUCAAGGUCAUUGGCGGCUGCCUCGUGGAAGACAUCCGAUCUUAAUCCUGCUGCGUGAUUGCCUUCCUCAGGAGGUUCCUGAUUUGAAUUCUUCAUUACCGGAUUUUUUCUUAUGGAGAAAUUCUCCAGAUUCACCUCCAGGAAUUUUCUCUACUUCUCAGACUUGGGAUUCCUUACAUCCGCCUUCUCCAUCCUUACCUUGGACGGAAACGGUUUGGUUCAAGCAGAGAGUUCCUAAACACGCUUUUAUCUUAUGGGUGACCCUAAGGGAUCGACUAACAACAAGAGACAAGCUGAGGAGUUGGGGGAUAAAUGUACCAGCUAGUUGCUUGUUAUGUGGAUCGAACCCUGAGACGAGGGAUCAUCUUUUCUUCCAAUGUAAUUUUGCUGCUGUCAUUUGGAAUAGCUUUUUCACGCACAGAACACUUUCCCCGCCGACAUUCUGCUAUGGACCCAGUCAGCUUCUUCAAAUAGGAAGGUGA